AUGUUCUACUUCCACUGCCCCCCGCAGCUCGAGGGCGCGGCCCCCUUCGGAGGUCACUCGGCCGGCGACUUCGACGACGGGUUCCUGCGAAGGAAGCAGCGCCGCAACCGCACCACCUUCACCCUCCAGCAGCUCGAGGCACUGGAAGCCGUUUUUGCUCAAACCCACUACCCCGAUGUGUUCACUAGGGAAGAGCUGGCUAUGAAAAUCAACCUCACGGAAGCCAGGGUGCAGGUGUGGUUCCAAAACCGAAGAGCUAAGUGGAGGAAAACAGAGCGGGGUACUUCUGACCAAGAGGGCUCUAAGGAGACGAUGGCUGAGGUGGCACCUCCUGCGAGGAAUUUAAAUUCCCCUUCUCCAGCAGAUCAAACCAGGAAUAAAAAAGAGAGUCUGGAGAUCCAGCAGAGCCUGAGUCGAGCCGUGGGGCCUACAGGACCUUUCUUCCCUUCCUGCCUGCCAGGGACUCUUCUCAACACAGCCACCUACGCACAAGCUUUAUCCCAUGUCGCCUCUCUAAAAGGGAGCCCGCUGUGCUCGUGCUGCGUUCCAGACCCCAUGGGCCUCUCCUUCCUGCCCACCUACGGCUGCCAAAGCAACCGCACCGCCAGCGUGGCCGCGCUGCGCAUGAAGGCCCGGGAGCACUCGGAGGCCGUGCUCCAGUCUGCCAACCUCCUGCCCGCCGCCAGCAGCAGCCCCACUCCUGCCAAACCCAGCCCCGAGGGCGGCCAGGACAAGCAGCCCUCUCAGGCCAAGGAGCACAUGGAAGGAGAGAAGAGUGUAUGA